UACCUUACUAUUUUGCAGGUGACCGUGAAUACCCAAAUUAACGAUCUUCAUGCCUACCUGGACCAUAUCACCAGCAAGACCAAUCUCCAAUGUCUGACCCCAUCAGAAGCAUUGCAAGGCGACUGCGACUAUUUGUGCGUUACAUUGUAUGCCAAGAGUGUAUUUGGCGAGCAUGUUCUUGCUAAUCUCUGCCUCGAACGGACAGAGCCCGGCCAGCCAAUCACUGGCCACGUGAGGAUUCGAGCUAAAACUCAGGGAAUGGCUGUAACAAUGGGCGAAAAGGUCUGCUGCCAUUUCUAUGACCUUGAUUCCCUUAGCCUAUUCUUCCUGAAUGCACCAGGUUUCUGA